CGCGCUCCGCAGGUGCGAGGCCGCCCUCCUUUCUCCGCCCGGCGCGCUACCCCGGGCGGACAAACCGGCUCCGAGCCAGCCCCUCCCUGGCGCUGCCGCCCCCCGGCGCGCUGUGGCGGCGAGGCGAGGCACCGGCAGCCGCCGGCGGGGCGUGCGGGAGAGGUGGGAGGUGGGCUGCGUGUACAAGUUCCCCGAUCUAUUCGUCGCCGGGCUGGGUCUCCCCCGCCGCCCGGACCCGCGCCGUUUCUCCCGCGGCCGCCGAGAAUUUUCCUGCCGCCUGCGAGCCCCCUUUGUGUGGCGAGCUCUGCCCGCGCCGGGGUUUCCGUGGAAACGGCGGAGCUACGGCGGCCCGGCCCCGCCGAGCCCCCCUCUGCCGCGCCGGGCGGGCGUGCCGCCCCUUCCACUUUCCUUUCGGUGUUGGCCGCUCGGCGCGGCUGGCGGUGGCCGGGGAUGGGGCGGGCGGUGCGGUUGCCCCGGGAACGGGCGGGUGCCGUCGCCCGCUCGCUGCCGCCUCCCCGAAGGCGCCGCUCCGCAGCGAGCGAGCGCGGCGCGCCCCGGCGGGGUCUGGAGCGGCGGGCUCGGGCGGGGGUCGGUCGUGGCAGCUGUUCCGUCCGCCGUACCCGGGAGUCCGUGAGCUGAGGCGGGGAGAGGGGCAGGCUGCCUCCCUGGUGACGUGCUCACGUGUUGUAGGAGCUCUGCCUAUCGGCGUCUGUUCAUAAAGGUGCUUGUGUGGGAGAGAGAGCAACCUUGCUGCUACACGAAAACUGAAAAUGCUUUACAAGAAGGUAGAAGGAUGCCAGAAACUCUCAAACAAAAAAACCCAAGCAUAUAUUUAAAAACAGUGAUGCCUCCGGCCCAGGAAGUUGUACCAGGCGAUUGUAGCCUCAGCUUGUACUGAUAAUGACUUCACACUAGAGUUGUCUUCUGAAUUUUGUGUCUGAAGGUAUCCUCUUGCUUUCUCAGCAAAUCAUGGACAUCGUUGGCUUUCUGAAGUCUCAAUUCAUUUGCCACCUUCUGAUCUGCUACAUAUUUAUAGUGUCAGGACUGAUCAUUAACUUCAUUCAACUCUUUACACUUAUACUUUGGCCAAUCAACAAGCAACUGUUCAGGAAGAUCAACUGCAGGCUGGCUUACUGCAUUUCAAGCCAGAUGGUGAUGUUGCUGGAAUGGUGGUCAGGCACUGAUUGCACCCUUUACACUGACCCAGAGAGUUACCACAAGUACGGGAAGGAGAAUGCCAUCGUAAUCCUUAAUCACAACUUUGAAAUUGACUUUCUCUGUGGUUGGAACUUUUGUGAGAGAUUUGGGGUCUUGGGGAGUUCCAAAGUGCUUGCAAAGAAGGAGCUCUCCUACAUGCCUAUCAUUGGCUGGAUGUGGUAUUUCCUAGAGAUUGUCUUCUGCAAGCGCAAGUGGGAGGAAGAUCGGAAAACUGUGGUACAGAAGUUGCUCAAUCUCCGUGACUACCCUGAAAACUUUUGGUUCCUGAUUCAUUGUGAGGGCACAAGGUUCACAGAGCAGAAGCACCAGAUCAGCAUGAAGGUAGCUGAAGCCAAAGGUCUGCCCAAGCUCAAGUACCACCUCCUGCCACGAACAAAAGGAUUUGCUGUCACCGUGCAGUGUUUGAGAAAUGUAGUUUCUGCAGUCUAUGAUUCUACCCUUAAUUUUAGAAAUAAUGAAAAUCCAACAUUGCUGGGAGUUCUAAAUGGAAAGAAGUAUCAUGCAGAUUUAUAUGUAAGGCGGAUUCCACUAGAGGAUGUCCCAGAAGAUGAGCAGGAAUGUUCUACCUGGCUCCACAAACUAUAUCAAGAAAAGGAUGCGUUCCAGGAAGAAUAUUACCGCACAGGAACCUACCCAGCAGUCCCUACAAUACCACCCCGUCGACCAUGGACACUUUUGAACUGGCUUUUCUGGGCCUUAUUGCUGCUAUAUCCUUUGUUCCAGCUGCUCAUCAACAUGAUCAACAGUGGAUCAUCACUGACGCUGGCUAGUUUUGCAUUUGUCAUUAUAAUAGCUUCUGUUGGUGUCAGAUGGAUGAUCGGGGUUACAGAAAUUAACAAGGGCUCCACCUAUGGCAACAAUGACAACAAGCAGAAACAAAAGUAGCAACUUCAGAGACUGCUUCAAUCCAAAGGGAACAAAUGCAACUGCUGAAAACUCUUAAGUGCAUAUCAGUCCUUCAAGUGAGAUCAGAGGAUGAAUAAUUGCCGUGCAUAUCUGAAUUUGUGCUCCUGUUGUUUUCCUCUGGGGUUUGGGCUGGAUGACAUGCUGGAAAGACGCACUCCUUCGUAUACUCUCAGCAACAGGUUUGCCCAUGUGUGGUUGGUUUGUUUUCCUAUGAAGUGUCUUAAGUUUUGAAGAAAAAAAAAAAAAAAUUCCAGUGUGCUUGUAUGAAGAGACUCUACCUGGAAACUAACCAGAGGUACAAGCUUUAAUGUCAGAAGAUUGUUACAAGAUGAUUAAACUUGAUAGUUGUGUAGCUCAUACAGUUUAACAACCAUAAUCUGUCAGUGUUUAAAUACAGUGCAGCGGGAUGCUGUGCUUGGUUAUAGCAGUAUUGGACUGAAGCAGCUCUGCUGAACUGGCAGAACUACAGUAGAGUUUUUGUACAUCUAGAACUUACUCCCACAGUGUGCACUACAUGGGUCCUUCAAAACUUCAGCCAGACCCUGGACAUCCAGACAUUGGAGCCUGGCAGUAGCAGAACCUGGAUCAGAAUUUGGCCUUGUGGCCUGAGCAGAGCUAAGUUACCCACUGCCCUCUCUUUCCCCAGGCCAUACAUCCGAGGGAUAGCUGAAACUUGUAAUUCUUCAGAGUAAAUGCCUUUUUUAAUUUGGAAAAUUUGAAGUAGUAAAAUUCCUUUUGGAUUUAAAUGCUACUUAAAAUUCCAGGCCAUCCUAACAAUUUCAGAAAGAAAAUAUUUGGGCAUGGUGUAGUGAAAUAAUGCAAAGUGUGUGUUACAAUAUAUGCCCCAUACCCAUACUGUUGUGAUCCUAAUUAACCUACUUGUCUGUCUUUUCUGAUAAAUUAGUUUACGUGGUGCCUCAUAACAGUCAGCCUGAAGUAAUAGUAAAUUAUUCUGAGGAGGAUGGAGAACUAGGAGAGAGACCUAAGACAGUGGGUGUGGCUGAUUUUUUUGUCUGUCUUGAUUUGACACCCUUCUGAAUUAAAUAAAACUAGAAUCAAGCUCUGAGGAAAGAGAGGUUGCUAUGACAUUCCCAGUACUGAUUUCAGGGCAGCUGCCCCCUGUUUUUAAACUUCCAGAGUUAAGGAUCUGCAGGUUACUAGAAAUAACAUGUUUAAAGCAGAAAAAAAAAAAAAAAAAAAAAAAAAAGGAAGAGUGGGGACAUUAACUAACAGCAAAUAUGAUUGGAGAAAAAAAAAUCCCGAUUUUUUAAAGUCUACAGAUCCUGACACUGAGCAGUGGUGGUUGUGAUUGACACUUUUAAAGAUAGUCCAUAUUCACUCAGCAUAGAGCCAAACCAUGAUAGUCUUUAGUGAGGAAAGUGAGUAGUCUUACUCUAGCAGCUGGUAUAAAAACAUUGCUCUUUUCAUAUAGUAAGACUGAGGCCAGAAGAAACAGGCUAGUACAACUAUAUGAAUCAUUCCAUGAAAUAUGUAUUUGCUAUUCAGUACAUCAGAUAAUCUAGAAACUCACCUUUUUAAUAUGCAGCACCUAAAAAGGUGAAGUAGUGAUUUUAGCAUGGGGCAAUAAGUGAAGUUUAGGGAUAGUGGAGGCAGUAGCAUUUACAACAUGAGGGAAGGCAUAGGCAGUGUGAGAGACUGCUUUCAAGGGCUUUUUGCCUCACACAUCUUGUGUAUACAUGCAUUCCCUAUGUUCUGAAGCUUUCAGGAGCAUGUCGUUCAAUGUCAUUAACAGACACAUGGGCUCAGAUGUUUUUAGAGCCCAAGAGUAGAAAAUACUGUAAUGUUUACAAAUACUGCAAUGUUUAGAGUGCCCUGUAACACUCUUAACAGUGAAAAACUGAGCAUUGCAUCUUGUAGUAAUGGUCAGGCACAUAACAAGCCAGACCUGAAGCCACUGUACACAAGAGCUGGAAAAUGGGUGGGAGGGGAGAAAGGAAAGGCCUCUCCAGGGUAGCAUUUUACUGUGAACAUUACCUGGCAGGCCCAGUGGCCUUUUCUCAGGGUGGUAGGUGAGCAGUUCUGGGCAGCAAAUACAUAUUCCUGGAGUGACAGAGGCUGUUCUGCCUUCCUGAGAGCUACAGAUAUAAUAUGCAGUAAGGAAGACAUCUGGCAUUCCUUAUGAAUCUUAAUCCUUGCCCCUCCAACUGUGUGCAGUGCCCUUCUCCCAGAGGAAAGCACCAAACAAGUAAAUACUUCUGAAAGAGUACCGAGAUGAUUUCAUACCCAUUUCCCUGGGACCAACUUUUAGAACAGGCUGAGGGCCAAACAUGCCACUCCUGGAUCCAUCCUCCUAGGCACUUGUGCAAGUCCUGGCACACCACUGAGGCCCUUCCAGCACUCACUGACAGAGAAAGCUUAAUGGUCCUUGCCAAAGUUAAAUUCCUCCAGUUCACUGUAUUAAAAGAAUGACAUAGGUUAUUAGGAAGCAGUGUUUGCCCCUCAUCCCCACAAGCAACUGUAUGUUCUAAAACUGCCUUAACAAAAUUAGUCUUAAUGUUUGUUUAUACAAAAAUAAAAGUAUAAAAAGCUGA